AUGGUCGGUUUAACACUAAAUUGCACAAGUAACAACACUAGUCAGCCGGAAGUCGUCCCAUCAUCAGUGGGAACCUGUUUCAUUUUGUUCAUGGCGCCAUACACUUCACUUCAAUUCAUAAGAAUUGAUCGAGGAUUACAUAAUUAUUUAAACUUGAGGAACAUGUCAGCUUUCAUAAAUAGAGCCCAUAUUUUGGAAAUUCGAUCACUGCAAUUUCUUCAUUUGUGCAUAAGCACUAUGAAACCACAGUCACUAUCUUAUCUUCAACAAUGGAUCCGCUUUAACAACUGGGGCAGUGUCGUGUUUUUAUUGCUGCUAGUUUUCUUGGAGGUUACUGAAUCACGGUUCUUGGUUAAGACUCUGCCAGGUUUGCCUGGCGAUCUUCCUUUCACACUCGAAACUGGUUACAUUGGGGUAGGAGAAUAUGAUGAGGUGCAACUAUUUUACUAUUUCGUUGAGUCGGAGGGAAACCCAAAAGACGACCCUCUCAUGCUUUGGCUUACAGGAGGGCCUGGCUGUUCUGGUCUUUCUGGCCUUUUGUAUGAAAUAGGCCCGUUCACUAUUAACUAUGUAAAUUCCACUGUGGAGAACGUAAUGCUCGAGAUAAACCCUCACAGUUGGACAAAGGCUGCGAACAUUAUAUUUCUUGACCAACCUGCCGGGUCUGGAUUCUCCUAUGCAAAAACUCCCGAAGCUUAUAUAACAAAUGAUACAUUAUCAACAGUGCAGAUUUACGAAUUUCUAAUGAAGUGGCUUGUGGACCAUCCUACAUUUCUCAAAAAUCCAUUAUAUAUUGGUGCCGACUCCUACUCUGGCCUAGUGGUGCCAAUGAUUGUUUUGGAAAUAUAUAACGGUAAUGAAGUUGGAGAAGGGCCACAGAUCAACAUCAAAGGGUAUGUGAUUGGUAAUCCUCUAGCAGACACAAAUGGUGCCUACAAUUCAAGAAUACCAUUUGCUCAUCGUAUGGCACUUUUAUCAGAUGCAAUCUACAAUUCAACUAAAGAAACUUGUCAUGGAGAGUACUUAAAUGUAGAUCCCAACAAUACUCUAUGCAUACAUGAUCUUCAAGUGGUAGAUAAGUUCCUUGAAAGAAUUUGCAUGCCCCACAUUUUAGAGCCCGUUUGUGACACUUCAAAUGCCUUAAAAUUUCAUCUCUUCAAGAGGGACUUAAGAUCUCUUGAAAAAACUUCUGCGGAUGUUCCUCGACUUCAGAAACAAUGGUGUCGUGAUGACAACUAUGUGUACUCCUCAAUAUGGGCUAAUAGAAGAGAUGUGCAAGAGGCUCUUCACAUUCCUGAGGAGUUAAAUGGAAUCGAGUGGGUACGAUGCAAUGAAACCUUGGUUUUUAGUACUGAUACGGAACCAAUAUCUUACACGCACAAUGUCAUAAGUACAGUUUCCUAUCAUCGAAAGCUUAUUGAUAAAAAUUGUCGAGCUCUUGUAUAUAGUGGAGAUCAUGACAUGGUUAUUCCAUAUAUGGCUACGAUUAACUGGAUUGAAUCGUUAAAUCUGUUAGUUGUGAAUGAUUGGAGACCUUUUUUUGUUGAUGAACAAGUAGCCGGAUACACCAUGAAAAUACUCGAACAAGAACUACAACUUGACAUAUGCUACUGUAAAGGGAGGAGGCCAUACAGCUCCGGAGUAUAA